AAAGGAAAUUGCAUUCGGAUUUCUUUUCCUCGAAAGCAUAAAUUGCCAAAGAUACAAAACAAUGCUAAAUGUCUCCACUCUAUAUAGUCAGUAACGCCACUCCCAUUUUUUCUUAUUUAAAUACCAUCACUUUCCUCCUACAACCUCUCCAUUCUCAUCUCUCUCUGCUUUUCUUUCCAUAUUUUCCUCUGUUUUCUCUCCAAACAGACACCAUGGUCGUCCACUCACAACCCACUGCAUUAGACCAUUGUUCUCUGAUCAAAACAUGCAAGCCGACCACCAGUGUUUUCAAUGGAAUCCCAGUGGUAAACCUGCGAGACCCCGAAGCAAAGACACUCAUAGUCAAAGCUUGCGAGGAAUACGGUUUCUUCAAGCUGGUCAAUCAUGGCGUCCCAAUGGAAUUCAUCACCAGAUUGGAAACCGAAGCUCUAAAGUUCUUUAAUUUCCCCCAGUCCUACAAAGACAAAGCCGGCCCUCCCGACCCUUUCGGCUAUGGCUGCAAAAUGAUCGGCUCCAAUGGCGAUAUGGGAUGGAUUGAGUAUCUCCUCCUCAACACCAACCCUCAAAUCACUUCCCAAAAAACCCACACCGUUUUCAGAGAAAACCGCGAAAUUUUCCGCUCAGCCGUGGAUGACUAUAUCCAGGCGGUGAAGAGAAUGACAUUCGAAGUGGUGGAACUAAUGGCGGAUGGUUUAAAGAUAGAGCCGAGGGAUGCGUUGAGUAGGCCGUUGAGAGAUGAGAAGAGUGACUCGUGUUUCAGGCUGAACCACUAUCCGCCAUGCCCGGAGCUUCAAGCAUUGAGUGGUAGGAAUUUGAUAGGGUUCGGGGAGCAUACAGAUCCGCAGAUUAUAUCUGUACUGAGAUCCAACAACACCUCAGGUCUACAAAUAUUUCUCAAAGAUAAGACUUGGGUUUCAGUCCCACCUGAUCACGCCUCCUUUUUCAUCAAUGUUGGCGAUGCCUUGCAGGUGAUGACAAAUGGGAGGCUUAGAAGUGUGAGGCAUAGGGUAUUGGCAGACUCCGUGAGCUCAAGGCUUUCAAUGAUCUACUUCGGAGGACCACCUUUGAAUGAAAAGAUAGUGCCUUUAGCCUCAUUAAUGGCAAAAGGAGAAGAGAGCUUAUACAAGGAGUUCACAUGGUGGGAAUACAAGACAUCUGCCUACAAAUCAAGGCUGGGUGAUUAUAGGCUUGGCCUGUUUGAGAAAACAGCUUCUGGCCUAUGAUUUCUAGCUUU